AAACAUUAGAAAAUGGUAGAAAAUAAAGGAUAUAAAUAAAUAUUUGAAGAAAAUAAAGGAAAAUUACGUUUAAAGUUGUCAAGAAAAAAAGAUACAAUGGUUUUAUUUGUACGAUACUUCCUAUCAUCAGUUUCGCAGUCAACAAAAUUAAUACAAAUUCGAAAUAUGAGUGGUAUCGCCAUAACUGAUACAGCAAAAUCAUUGCUCUAUAAAGAAUAUGGUGAUCCGGUAGAUGUAUUACAAGUCGCUAAUACCACAAUAAAUAAACCAGAUGGAUGUCAGGUUGCAGUCAAGUGGUUGUUGGCACCUGUCAAUCCAGCCGACAUUAAUACUAUUCAAGGUAAAUAUCCAAGUAAACCUUCAUUACCAGCUGUUCCAGGAAAUGAAGGUGUAGGAGAGAUAAUAGAUGUUGGUUCUAAAGUAACUAAUUUAUGUGUUGGGGAUAUGGUUAUUCCCAACUAUUCUAAUUUGGGAACAUGGAGAACGGAUGCCAUUUAUGAGUCGAAAGAUUUGUUAAAGAUUCCUAAAGAAGUUGGAAUUGUGGAAGCUAGUAUGAUGAACGUUAAUCCAUGUACUGCAUAUAGAAUGCUUAAAGAUUUUGUAUGUUUAAAACAUGGAGAUACCGUUAUACAAAAUGGAGGUAAUUCAGCAGUAGGACAACUGGUUAUACAAUUGUGUAAAAUCUGGAAUUAUCGAUCUGUUAAUGUUGUUAGAGACAGACCAAAUUUACAAGAAUUAAAGAAUCUGUUAACAUCUAUGGGAGCGGAUGAAGUAUUAACUGAAAGUGAAAUUAGAACGACUCAAAUUUUUAAGAAUAAAAAAUUACCUCACCCUAAAUUAGCACUUAACUGUAUUUCGGGUCAAAGUGCUACAGAUAUUAUGAGACACCUUGCGCAUGGAGGUAUAAUGGUUACGUAUGGUGGUAUGUCGAGAGAACCAGUGACCAUUCCACCUUCAGCUUUUAUUUUUAAAAACAUAAUUCUACAAGGAUUUUGGAUGACUGCAUGGACCAAGGCAAAUAUGGAAUCAAAAGAACGAUUAGAUAUGUAUGAUGAAUUAUUAGCUUUCUUUAAAGAUAAAAAAUUACAAGCUCCGCCGCACAAACUUGUGCCUUUCUCUCAAUAUCAAGAAGCUAUUACUAAUGCACUUAAUAUGAGUGGCAAAACUGGAGUUAAAUACAUUUUGGAUAUGACUAAGAGUUAAACUUAAUUAUGAUAGUUUAUAAAAAAGCAUUAUUUGUGCAUUUAAUAUAUUUAAUAUUAUACGAUAUUGUAUGAUGGUCUUUUAGAGUUAAAAAUAUUAUAUUAUUAAAUGAGGUGCUAAU